CUGCUCUUCCUUAAUGUGUGCUUGCGUUAUUGAAGCCGUGGAAAGCACAAGGCAGAGGCUGCGAGGGAGACUCAGUGAUGUCCUCCCAGGGUCUGAAAGUUGCAGGAAAGUCUGGUUGCAACCCCGAAUGGUCCCGCAUCCGGCAGGGCUGCGUUUUCCUGCGCUGCAGAGUGGCUUUGGGAGAUCAGCUUGAAUGUUGUUAAUAACAAUGCUCGUUGUGGAAGGGAUUGCUGUGGCACAGAAGACACAAGGUGGACAAAAUAUUGGAGGAAACCACAUUCCGCCCACCCAAUGUGAUAACUGGGUUAGGACAAGUAAUGGAGGACAUUUUGCUUCCCCAAAUUAUCCUGACAUAUAUCCGCCAAACCAGGAGUGUAUCUACAUUUUAGAAGCUGCUCCACGCCAAAGAAUUGAGUUGACCUUUGAUGAACCUUAUUAUAUAGAACCCUCGUUUGAAUGUCGAUUUGAUCACCUGGAGGUUCGAGAUGGACCUUUUGGUUUCUCCCCCCUCAUCGAUCGAUAUUGUGGUCUGAAAAGUCCUGCACUAAUUAGAUCAACAGGGAGGUUUAUGUGGAUCAAGUUUACUUCAGAUGAGGAACUAGAAGGAAAGGGAUUUCAAGCAAAAUACUCCUUUAUUCCAGAUCCAGACUUCACUUACCUAGGAGGUAUUUUAAAUCCCAUUCCAGACUGCCAAUUCGAGCUCUCAGGAGCUGAUGGAAUAGUACGUUCCAGUCAAGUAGAACAAGAAGAAAAAACAAAACCUGGCCAAGCAGUUGACUGCAUAUGGACAAUUAAGGCCACUUCAAAUGCUAAGAUUUAUUUGAGAUUCCUGGAUUACCAAAUGGAGCAUUCAAAUGAGUGCAAGAGAAACUUUGUUGCAGUGUAUGAUGGAAGCAGUUCCAUUGAAAACCUGAAGGCGAAGUUUUGUAGCACAGUAGCCAAUGAUGUGAUGCUGCAGACUGGAACAGGAGUAGUACGGAUGUGGGCAGAUGAAGGUAGCCGACUGAGCAGAUUCAGAAUGCUUUUCACUUCAUUUGUGGACCCUCCCUGCCCAGGCAGUACUUACUUUUGCCAUAGCAACAUGUGCAUCAAUAAUUCUUUAGUCUGCAAUGGCAUUCAAAACUGUGCAUACCCUUGGGAUGAAAAUCAUUGCAAAGAAAAGAAAAAAACUGGACUGUUUGAACAAAUCACCAAAACUCAUGGAACAGUCAUUGGCAUUACAUCAGGGAUAGUUCUGGUUCUUCUUCUUAUUUCAAUUCUGGUCCAAAUAAAGCAGCCCCGCAAAAAGGUUAUGGCUUGCAAAACUGCUUUCAAUAAAACUGGUUUCCAAGAAGUAUUUGACCCUCCACAUUACGAACUAUUUUCAUUAAGGGAUAAAGAGAUUUCUGCAGACUUGGCUGAUUUAUCAGAAGAACUUGAAAACUACCAGAAAAUGAGACGCUCCUCUACUGCCUCUAGAUGCAUCCAUGACCAUCACUGUGGCUCUCAAGCCUCCAGUAUAAAACAAAGCAGGACCAACCUCAGCUCCAUGGAACUGCCUUUUCGUAAUGAUUUUGCACAACCUCAGCCAAUGAAAACAUUUAACAGCACAUUCAAGAAGAGUAGUUAUACUUUCAAACAGGCCCACGAUUGCCCUGAGCAGGUCAUAGAGGACAGGGUGAUGGAAGAGAUUCCUUGUGAAAUAUACGUCAGGGGACGAGAGGAUGCUGCACAAGGCUCGUUAUCUAUUGACUUUUAAUCUCCUACCGAAGGCGAUAUUGGUGUAUAUAUGGGUGUGGGGGAGGGGUGUAUACACACACGUCAUAUAUAUAUGACAGUGUAUAUACAAAAAUAUGUACCAUAUGCAGUGUGUGUGGAUAUACACACUUUUAGCUUACUGUAUCCAACUCCAUUUUUUUACAAAACAAAGUCUUCAUAACCAGUGGUGGACUUCCUCCUACCUUCCCAAGCCAUCCAUCUAGUUGAGCAACAAAGCUGCAGGUUUUGCAUGGGAAUCAUCAGUUAAGGAUAUUAAUAAAAAUUACUAAUAACUGAUCACUGAAAACAAUGACUAGAAUCUUUUUCUCCCUCCCCUCUGUAUCAUUUUCCCUUCUUUAAAUAUUUAGUUUUCAAGUCAAAAUUAACACUUCAGUUACUUAAGUAAAGAAAAGUGGUUUAUGCAACACAUAUUUUGACAUAAAUGUCUUAAUGUAUUUGUCAAGUUGCAGCUAGAAUUACAGUGCUGAGUGCCAAUUAAGACUCAGUUAUGUUACAUCCAUCUGCUUCAUCCUGACUAACUUUUAUAUUGCCUUUAAUUACUAGUUCUUGGUCUCUGUAUUUGUGAAACAUGUGAAAUGGCUUAUUGCCUUUAAGAGUAAGAAUAUUUUGUUUUAGUUAUAGUUUUGGGGUUUUUUUAGCCCAUUUGAGAAUAUGGCCUUUGCAGCUUGUGAAUAAACCUUAACCCAGUCCUAAAAUAUUUUUCAAAUUUUCAACAUUUAUUCUUAUAAAAUAGCUUCCUUUCAGGAAGGUCUGUGAUUUAGUAUACAGUGGGCCAGAUUCUGCAAUGUGUUACAGUCAUACAGUUCCAUUGAGUUCACAGCUGUGUAACUAAAGCAGAAUUUUGGUUAUUGUUUUCCAAGUAGUUCUAGAAAUCGAUUGCAUUUUUGUGGUUCUGUACAUCUGCAUCCUACAGCAGUCCCAGUCCUGUUAUCCUUUUAUAUCCAAACUCCCCUGAUUAACUCAGUUCUGGGUACUCUGGGUUCAUUCCCAAACUGCAUAGGGAGUAUAGGAGCAAGCCCACUAUUUGUUAAGUUUUGAGAUCUGUGAUGACUAAGGUGGGAGAAGCUGGUAGGGACAAGGAGAAAUCCCAGAGUAACUUCACUUAGCCUUUAAGUCUUCUUAUUUAAGAGUUUCAUUUUUCUAGCACUUGUUUCCAUCUUGCAAAAUUGCACAUUUCAUACAUUUUUUUUUUAAUUGUGGGUUUGAUCUCAUUUUGAUCAUCUUUUUAUGGUAUGACACAAUUUAUAACAUAUGACUAUUCAUUGUGGGGGUUUUAGACUUUUAUAUAAUUUGAUACUGUACAGACUGUUUAUUAAAUCAAGAUUUAACACCUGUACAGCACAUUUAUUUCAGCAUCCAUAGUAGUGGCGUUGAACAAUGUGUGUGAGUAUACACUGUAAUUUGUAAAGAAUACUUCAUAUUAUUUCUACAUUAGCCCCUUUCACUCCCUAGUUUGUUUGAGUUUUUGUUUUGGUAUUUUGUUUCAGAGGGAAUAGUUUUCUUUCACUAAAUGUGACCUUGCAGCUCUCAAUCACCGGACACAACCUAUAU